CCAGGUAUCCUCGAGAAAAGCAUCUGAUGUCCCAAGCAUGGCCAUAAGCCCAGCCUCAUAUGCCUAUGCAACAUCUGGCUCCUCAAGGCAAGAGACAAUCUAUUUUGACCAGAGUCAGCCUUCGUGUGGAACCUCAGCUGCAAUUUCAGAGUUGUGACCAGAAGCUGCUUGUCGCAAACGAUGAAGCUUCGUGUUCAGCUGCAGUGUAAAAACCUUCAUGAAUAUCUGAGAGAGCUGAGUCCAGACGUCCUCGACCGGCUGUACAACCAUCCCGCCACAUGUCUUGCCGUCUACAGGGAGCUCCCGUCCUUAGCGAAGAACUAUGUGAUGAGGAUGCUGUUCCUGGAUCAGCCGCUCCCUCAGGCUGCUGUCGCCCUGUGGGUGAAGAAGGACAGCCAGAAGGAUCAUGAUGAUUGUGUCUCAGUGUUAGCAGGACUACGUCUGUGGCACAGCCAGCAGCUGCAGGGCGGUCUGCAGGGAUACAUCCUGAACCCUGUGUUUAAAGAAAACCUGAGGAUUGCUCUGCUUGGAGGGGGCAAAGCGUGGGCAGACGAGGGUGCCACUCUGGGCCCAGAUCGCCAUGCUCGGGACAUUGAGAGUCUGGACCGCUAUGCCAUGGAGCGCUGGGAGGUCAUCUUGCACUUCAUGGUGGGUUCGCCGUCCGCUGCCGUCAGUCAGGACCUUGCUCAGCUGCUCGUUCAGGCAGGACUCAUGAAAAGCGAGGCAGGAGAGUCUCCGUACAUCACUUCUGCUGGUUUCCAGUUCCUCUUACUGGAUACAGCCUCUCAGCUCUGGUAUUUCACCCUGCAGUACCUCAAAACUGCACAGUCCAGAGGGAUGGACCUGGUGGAGAUUUUGUCUUUCUUGUUCCAGCUCAGCUUCUCCACUCUCGGCAGGGAUUACUCUGUGGAGGGGAUGAGCGAGUCUUUACUCACCUUUCUGCAGCACCUUCGAGAGUUUGGACUCGUCUUUCAGAGAAAGAGGAAGUCAAGGCGGUACUAUCCCACCAGGCUGGCCAUCACACUGGCAGCAGGGGUCACCAACUCCUCCUCCUCUUUGUCCUCCUCGUCCUCCUCAUCAUUGGCCUCCUCUCCUGGUACAGGAGAUGCAGGCUUCAUUGUGGUGGAGACAAAUUAUCGAAUCUAUGCCUAUACCAACUCGGAGCUCCAGAUCGCUCUCGUGGCUCUGUUCAGUGAGAUGUUGUACCGUUUUCCUAACGUGGUUGUGGCUCAAGUCACAAGGGAGUCGGUGCAGCAGGCCAUCGCCAACGGCAUCACAGCUCAGCAGAUUAUCCACUUCCUGAGGACCAGAGCUCACCCAGUCAUGCUCAAACAGACUCCGGUCCUUCCUCCAACCAUCACAGAUCAGAUCAGACUGUGGGAGCUGGAGAGAGACAGACUGCAGUUCACUGAGGGUGUGCUGUAUAAUCAGUUCCUGUCCCAGGCAGACUUUGAGGUGCUCAGAGACCGAGCUCAGGGUCUGGGCUGUCUGGUAUGGCAGGAUGUUGCCCACAGGGUGAUGGUGGUGACGCCUCAGGGACACAGCGAGGUGAAAAGGUUCUGGAAACGACAAAAGACUCACACGUAACACGAAGAUCAGAUGCUAAGACUCACUUUAAACACAAGAACUACAACUGUACUCUCACAUCACACAAAGACGUGAGACGACUUAUGUAGUACGAGGGGGGCAGCAGACAGUAACAGUAAUGAUCACUGUUAGGAUGAGGAGAGGAUUCAGUUCUUUUGUAUAUUUCUGAUGAUGAUUCCAUGUGUUUUGGAUUAAAUGUUGAGAAGAUGAACACAAA